UCUCAUAAUUUUAUCCGUUUCCUUUCGCCUUGUUUUCGGCUGUAAAAAAGGCGCAGGCGCAGAUAGAACUGAAAUAACUCAAUUUUGUAGUGCUUUGUGGAAAAAUGAUGUGUGAAGAGUCGUACGAUUUUAACCACAAGGAAGAACCUGAAGAUAAUUCUCACUUCAAUUUCGAUUUCUGCUCCCUUGUCUCGAAACCAAAGGACUAUUACAAGAUUUUGGAAGUGGAUUAUGAUGCUUCCGACGAAGCUAUUCGAUCCAACUACAUCCGUCUUGCCUUGAGAUGGCAUCCCGAUAAAAAGAAGAGCGAGGAGACUGCCACUUCAAAAUUUCAAGAAAUCAGUGAAGCUUAUCAGGUGUUGAGUGAUCCUGUAAAGCGACAUGAAUAUGACAACAUGGGCAUGCUCCAUACGCUUGACAGCAACAUAGCGUUUUGGGGAAUGCAGGAUUAUCUUAAUCGCUACAAGGGCCUCAUUCUCACGUGCAACGGCCUUGGUAUGAAAUGCUCGAUGUGGUGAUUUUACAUUUGUUCUCCCCAGUGGCUAGACUCCGGGAUCCUCUUGAAUGCAGCAGGCUUUUUUUCCAUAACUGGAAGCACGAGGUUGGAUCAGAAUGCAGAUUUAUGCAAUUUUAACAACCCAUGGCGUGGCGUAGAGUAGAGUAGAAACCUCAAAUAGGCAUCAUGUGAUAUGUUUUUUGAUGAAGUUGUGGAAUUUGUUAGUGCUUAGUGUAGUUAGUACAGGACAUGUGCCUUUUGCCAUAUCUAUCUCUAGAUGAAAUGACGAACAAUGGUUACGGCCUUCGAUUGUUGUUAAUUGUUAUCUUCGACCUCGGCCUUCGAUUGUUGUUAA